UGCGACAGAAAUGGGGAUGUUGUUUUUGGUGCAACAGCACCAAACACAUCACCAGCGCAUGCCUCGACAAGGACAAGGAGAAUGUCAAACGUCCAAGCUCGGGAAACUGAGCACCGCGGGAAGUGCAGCGACAUCACUUCCCAAUCCGCCGGAGUCGGCUGCCUUGCUAGCAGUCUCUCUCACACCCGGGGAUGAUGCGGUAGUCGCAAGUUCUCAUAUCGAUUUUGAGAACUAUGCUGUCAAGCUGGUCCCACCGUUGAACCAGCCUCUUCAUGUGCAAGAUUCAAGCGCAUGCGCGGUAGUUCCGUCGUCAGACAACGAACCGGUUGCUUCGCCAGCCCUUCUAUCGGAGGAUCCGUCAACUUGGGCGAGUCUUGAGGAACUCGACCCAUUGAUGGUUGAUCACUUCCAAUGGUUGCCUCUUCCCUCCACCGGUUCUUUGCCAACACCGCAUUGCAACGCUUUAAUGGCACAUUUGCGCGAGCACUUGCACGCUGCAGUACCGCCUCCGUCGACGGACGGCGGAGUAGCGGUUGGCGAUCUUUGUAACUAUCUAGCGAAGGUCGACCGUGAGUACGCAACGCAACGAUACGUCGACAUCAACGCGCCGCUCCUCUACGUCCGCAUUCAGAUCGGAAAGGCGACCUGCAGUGCCUUGAUCGAUUGUGGAGCGACUCGCAACUACAUCAGCCAAGACUUCAUGGCGCGCGCCGGGCUAGGCCCGCACGUUCGAAGGAAAAGUCAGCCUACGCACGUCACGUUGGCCGAUGGUCACAUGCAAAAGUCAAUCGACCGUUGCGGUGACUCCGUGCCCGUGUACUUUGCCCCGCUAGCAUGCGAGGCCGUGUCAUUCGACAUAUUGGACACUAAAUUCGAUAUGCUCUUAGGCAUGUCGUGGCUGCAAAGUGAAGACCAUCCAGUGAACUUCUAUCAACGCACCGUUCACGUUCGUGAUCGGCAUGGCGAACUAGUCCUGUGUACGGUGCCGCUUCCUCAUCCUUCGAUUGGUUGUCACGUGGUCUCCGCGGCGAGCAUUCGCCAAUCCAUCCGGCAGAACGACAUCGAGGAGAUGGGCAUAUGUUUUCUUCACGCCCUCCCACCUGGUGAUCAGCCCAAGACAGAUACGUCAAACUCAUGCAUCAUUGAGUUGUUGGACAGCUAUGAGGAUGUCUUCCAAGCUCCCGCCGGAGUAGUACCGGAUCGGCCCAUACGCCACGGGAUCACUCUCGAGGACGGCGCCGUAUCUCCGCGCGGAUGUAUCUACCGCAUGAGCGAAGAGGAGCUUCAGGUGCUUCGGGCACAACUAGAUGAUCUCUUGGCUAAGGGAUGGAUUCGCCCUAGCUGUUCGCCAUACAGUGCUCCUGUUCUCUUCGUCCGAAAGAAGAACAAGGACCUUCGUUUGUGCAUCUAUUAUCGGAAACUUAACGCGCAAACGAUCAAGAACGCCGACCCUCUCCCUCGGAUCGAUGAUCUUCUCGAGCGACUAGGCGGCGCCAAGUACUUCUCGAAGCUUGACCUCAAGUCCGGAUACCACCAGAUCGAGAUCCAGCCAAGAGAUCGGUACAAAACCGCAUUCAAAACGCGGUAUGGGCACUUUGAGUGGAUCGUCAUGCCUUUCGGUCUCACCAAUGCCCCGGCUACUUUCCAAGCGGCUAUGACGACGGAAUUUUGCGACUUGCUCGACCACAUCGUACUAAUUUACCUUGAUGAUAUCUUGGUUUAUAGCCGGACGCUGGACAAGCACCUCGACCACCUUUGCGUCGUUUUGGAGCGGCUCCGUAUCGCCAAGUACAAGGCGAACCGCGACAAGUGCGAGUUUGCCCAACAAGAGUCGGAGUACUUAGGCCACUACGUUACUCCGCAAGGCAUUCGUCCGCUUGCAGACAAAGUACAAGCCAUUCAAGAUUGGCCAGACCUCAAGUUUACCACCGACGUCCGCUCCUUUCUUGGCUUAGCAUCAUACUACAUGCGCUUCGUCAAAGGUUUUCAACGGAUCGCUGCACCAUUGUCGCGACUUCACUCCCCCUUGGUGCCCUUCGAGUUCAACGACGAAGCCCGGCACGCGUUCCAUACGCUGAAGACGGCUUUGCUCCAAGCUCCCGUCUUAAGCAUCUAUGACCCGACCUUGCCUACCAAAGUGACUACGGACGCUUCCGGCUAUGGCAUUGGCACGGUUUUGGAACAGUAUGACGGCACAGACUGGCAUCCGGUUGAGAACUUCAGCCAAAAGGUGCCGCCCAUCAAUACACUUGAUGAUGCGAGGAAGAAGGAACUCCUAGCUUUCGUCACCGUACUUAAGCGUUGGCGUCACUUCCUCCUCGGGCGUCGACGAUUCACGUGGCCAACAGACAACAAUCCGUUGACUUAUUACAAGACGCAAAACACAGUGAGCAGCACGAUUGGUCGAUGGAUGUACUUCAUUGACCAGUUCGACUUCACCUCCGAGCACAUCCCGGGCUCCUCGAACAAGGCAACGGAUGCUCUCUCGCGAAGACCCGAUCUUUGCGCCUUGGUGCAUUCCACAUUCGGCCUCAAUGAGGACCUACAACAACAUUUCGUAAACGGCUACAAGUCAGAUCCGGGAUUCUCCACACUCUACGCGAACUUAUCAUCGGAUCAACCGGACUUGUUGUGUGUUCCCCAAGACCGCAUCUUGCGCACUCGCCUCCUUGGCGAAUACCAAGAUUCACGGUUGGCGGGACACCUUGGCGUCGCACGCACACUUGCACGACUCCGCCAGCGAUUUCACUGGCUGGACAUCAUGAACGACGUCAACCGGUACAUUCAGUCAUGUGCAGUUCGCCACCGGAACAAAGGGCGCCAUCAGCUCCCGUACGGCGAACUGAAACCAUUGUCGAUUCCUCGGGAACCAGGUCUCUCCAUUGCUAUGGAUGUGACCGGUCCUUUCCCUCGCGAUCGCCUUGGCCAUGAUGGUAUUCUCACGGCCGUUGACCCCUUUUGGACGGCACUCAUGGUGGAAUCCGGCACCAACAUGAAACCGAGUUCCGCACGGCAUCCUCAAACGGAUGGGCAAACGGAACGUGCGCACCAGACUGCGCAGAUGAUGCUCCGCACACUCAUCCGCUCGGAUCAGAAGGACUGGGUUGACCGCCUUCCCGACAUCGAGUUCGCCUACAACACUUCGGUGCACCCGGCGAUUAGCGUGACUCCAUUCAAGUUGCAUCACAGUGGACGGAAAGGAUGUAUCUUUGCAGACAUUUUGCUUCCACGGGCUGCCGAUAUCGACGCCGCUUGCUCCCCCGCUUCUACACGGAAGUACAGGGAACUGCUGGCCAAAGCCCGCGCAAACAUGCAAAAGGCUCAGGUCCGUAUGCAGCAGCAAGCGAACCGGCGUCGCAUCCCAUGUCCAAUCCGCGCUGGCGACCUGGUUUGGGUCACCUCCGAGGAAUUCGCGCUCGAGCAGCACGUCUCGUGCAAGCUCCUCCGUAAGUGGUUUGGACCAUGGAAGGUCACUUCAGCAGCUGACGACGACCCCGCGGGUCCAUCUUUCAUCAUUGAGAUUCCCCCGCAUUUGACGGUCCAACCUGUAUUUCACUCUUCAAAGCUGGCGGUCUACACUCCAGCCUCCGCAGCGGACUUCUUGGGCAGACGGUCACACGACCCUCCUUCAAUAAAUGGGCACCAGGAGGUCGACCGCGUUCUCACGCAUCGCAAGCAUGGCAACAAGCCAAGGCAGUACAAAGUUACAUUUAAGCAAUGCAAUCCUGACGACACACGCUGGAUUUCACGAGCUGACCUGAAGGCGACAGCACCCCUCAUCUUCGCGCAUUACGUACGGACAUCGGACAGACAGCUUCGCCCUCGCAGUUAGCUCGGUCGUCAAGGGGGGGAGUGUGUGGCAUUCUGAGCCACACGGGCCCCAGUUAGGGCCCGGUUCCAGGUAGGCAGGGUAGGCCUAAGGGGACGACGGUUCAGAAGAGGCCCAGGUAGGCCAGGGGCACGGCGUUUCGGACAGGCCAGGGGCAGAGGCCCAGGCCAACGGCCACAAGGUCGGUACCGGUCCAGCAUAGGACCUACCGGCGGCGCAGUUCAGAGGCUGCCGCGUUUAGGCGCCAAGUCCAGUUCGAAUCUGGACCAUCGAUCAGAUCAACGGUCCAGGCCGGUAGGUACCAGCAGGUAGGAGGCCGGCCCAGCACUACAAAAG